GAGGAGGGAAAGCGGCGAGUAAGAUGGAAGAUGAGGAGGUCGCUGAGAGCUGGGAGGAGGCGGCAGACAGCGGGGAAAUAGACAGACGGUUGGAAAAAAAACUGAAGAUCACACAAAAGGAGAGCAGGAAAUCCAAAUCUCCUCCCAAAGUGCCCAUUGUGAUUCAGGACGAUAGCCUUCCCACGGGGCCCCCUCCACAGAUCCGCAUCCUCAAGAGGCCCACCAGUAACGGUGUGGUCAGCAGCCCCAACGCCACCAGCAGGCCGGCCCUUCCCGUCAAGUCCCUAGCGCAGCGAGAGGCAGAGUACGCGGAGGCCCGGAAGCGGAUCCUGGGCAGCGCCAGCCCCGAGGAGGAGCAGGAGAAACCCAUCCUCGACAGGCCAACCAGGAUCUCCCAACCCGAAGACAGCAGGCAGCCCAACAAUGUGAUCAGACAACCUUUGGGUCCUGAUGGGUCACAAGGCUUCAAACAGCGCAGAUAAACACGGGCAGGAAAGGAUGCUGCCGCCGCCGCUGCCGCCACCACCACCUCCUGGGUCGUCCACUGCGGGUCGCACUGCCGUGGCAGACAGCUGGACUUGAGCAGAGGGAACGACCUGACUUACUUGCACUGUGAUCCCCUUUGCUCCACCCACUGUGACCUUGAACCCCAUGCACUGUGACCUCCCUUCCCCCCCUUCCCACUGUGAUUGGCAUGUCUACAAGGGCUGUCCCAAGUCAAUGGAAGGGGAAAGGGUGGGGGUUAGAGGAGGGUUGGGGGGACCCACCAAGGGCUCAGAAUAGGGAGUCAGACGGUGCCACUCGGCCACUUGGGGUAAAGCCAGUGCCAGCAAUAACCGUUUAUCAUGCUCAGUAACUUGGGAUUUCAGAACACAAGUGAGAACUCCCGUCCAGCCCCCUCAAGUGCAUGUCUUCAUCACUUAAAAGCAAGUUCCAUUUGAACAUAUCCUUCUUUUUUUUUCCUUUCCUUCCUAUUUUUGUUUAUACAAAUAUUUGAUUUGCAAAAAACAAAGUGCAUGGGAGGGGUUUUAGCAGUUUAAUGAAUUUUUAAUUGAGAAAGGGUAGUUUGGUAGUCUACUUAAAAAUGUUUCUGGGCAAUUCACUAGAAACAUUAACCAAUAGGAUUUUGGUGAGCUUAGCUUCUGUAUUCCUACUGCCGCCCAGAAAAGGGUCAGGGCUCUGCAGCCCCCAGGACAGAUAAGCACCCCAUGCCUAUACCUCCCUCCCACCAGCUAAGUCCCAGAGCAUCUGGGCCCUGCCUGGAGCCUGGGUUAGCUCUGUAGGCUCAGAGAGCCUGGGGAGGGUGCCAACGCCUCACCUCUAGUAUUUUGGGAGAUAGGGAAUGUGAACAGACUUCCCCUUCCAAAACCCCUCAGGGUGGUUCCCUACCAGCCAGGCUUACUACUUCUAGAAGAGGGCAGGGAGUGAGGCUGCACUCCCGGGCUUUAGGAGUAAGGGCUGGGAGACUUGCUCAGUAUUUUGCUGUCAGCACAAGGAACGCCAGGAGAGAGUCUGACUCCAGGACUCUGAGCCUCCUGCUGAGGGUGGUCAGAAGGCAGGUGGAUCCUCCCACACCGGCGAGGCUUAGAACUCUCAGGUGUCUGUGGAGCGCCCUCUCUGUUGAUGGCGUCAGCUCAGUGACUCUGCCCGGUACAUUUCCCUUGUGGAAUCACUACCUUGGGAGCAGACCAUUCAGAAUAACAUUUGGGGAAAGAUGAGCUGUGCAUUGCAAAGAUUGGUAAUGACAGACUGGUUCCCCAUUGGCCGAGGCUACCCUCCACCCCUUUUUCCAGAGCAAGGGCCUGGAAUGAAGGUAGUUUCCUCUCUGUCCUCGGAGCCUGGAGAUUUGCUUUGGCUCUUUGAGGUGGAAGAGGCUUAGGGGGCCCUGCCCAGAGCAGCUGUGUGUGUACAAUCUGGCCCCCCUCAGGCUUUCUGAUCUCUUCCGUUGCACUGCGCCUUAUGUCCCUCAGCCAGCCAGGCGGCCUCCUCACUCAGCAGAUGAGUUUUGGAGUGGUUGGUGUGACAUUUGUGAUUCGGGCGGCUUGUGGUGGCCAAGGUGGCAAGCUAGGUCUUGCAGGCUCACUCCACCUUUGGUUUGCCUGGCUCUCAGCCUUGCCCUCUGGAGAUGUCAGCUGGGCCCAGCAAGCCUUGGCCCACUACAUCUUCCACUUGGGAGGAAAGGUCAGCUGUCAGUUGAGUAAGCAGCUAGUCCAUAGCACAGGCUUACAACUGUGUGAAGCCAGGAAGUUGUCCGUGAGCAGAGCUGGAACAAAGCUUCAGUCAGUAAGAACCCGCAGGAUGUUGAGUGGUGCCCACAGGCUGUUCUGAGGGGAAGUGACCUCGAGGAGUGGGCAAGGGAGAAGGUUGCUGCUGUCUUUCCAGUUCCACUGCCCUGACCGAGUUUCCGCAUUCUAAACAGAUAGUGUCUAUCUCUCAUGUAAUAGUGGUUUCUGGCCCAAGAUGAGACUAUGCUUUUCGGUUGGAGAAGGUACAGAGAUAGGCCAGGUGGGAAGGCCGGAAGCGCUGAUUGCUCAGUCAUUGGGACCACCUGUUCUUGCUCCCCUCCUCUAGUGGGAGCCGAGGAAAGGCUGGCUGAUGGGUGUCUGUGGAUUGAGGAUGUUCUAGGGACUGGUGCUCCCACCUCCCUCUGGCCAAAGAUGGGGCUCUGCCCGCUGUGUACCUGUCACCACCCGCCAGCAGUCAUAUCCUGGCGUCCCAGAUGGAGAGGUGACAGGCAAAAUUUUAAGAGAAAGAAAUGAAAAGAGGAAACUGUUGUGUUGGGGGGAGGUGGGAGGGGAGAUGGGAGAACGGUUUGGAUUUUGUGUGUGUGUUUGUGGAUGUUUUGGGGGUUUUUUUUUUUCUUUUUUUUGUUGUUUUUCUUUUUCUUUCUUUCUUUCUUUUUUUUUUUUUUUUUUUGUAGUUGUCUAUAACUUUCCUCAAGUGCUUUUUUUUUUUCUCUUUUAAAAUUUUUUAAAAGUAAGCUGCAGGCUUUGGCUUGGAAAACCCCAGGGGAGUGGGGGGCAGAAACCUGAGGCUGCUGCCCCUUUAUCUGCCUCAUGGUACUGUCCCCUCCCCCCAGCUCCUCCCUGACCCCAUGAGCCAGGCCUCAGACCUUCCAGCUAACCGCUUCCCAUGAGCCACUACUCUGAUGUCAGCCUAUAACCAAAGGAGCUGGGGGUCUGGACCUGGUGACCAACCCUUCUCCGCCCACUCAAUCAGGGUGCUCCCCACCUGCAGGCAGGAGGCAACACCCUAUCUGCUACCAUCAGCCCCUUCCAGAGCCCACUGCCCCGCCCUGCCCUGUCCAGCCCAGCCAUACCCUGCUCUGCCCCAUCUGGGGAUGCUCUGCUCAGGGAUGGGCCGGCAGGGCUGCCCCAGCCUCCCUGGUAGGCAGAGACUCUGGAAACCUCUGGGGUCCUGUUUUCGGCCAUGUGAUCCCAGGGGUGCACAUGGGCCCCUUGGGUAUCUGAAGAGAAGGGCAUGAGAGGGAGGGCUGCACCCCUGCAGUCCUGCUCUGCUGGUCUAGCGGGCAGCUGCCCACCCUACCCCACCCCGCACCGCGGGCUCCUGAGUCGGCAGGUUAAGCAUUUUAUAAAUUGUAUUUUAAAUACAUGUUUUAAACUUGUCAGAGCCUUGUCCUCAUUUCAGUUUCUGGCCUCCUAACCUCUUGGCUGUGGCUGCUUGUUUAACCACGGGGGAGCUAUCUCUUCCCAGUCCCAGGGAGGGGCUCUCUGAGUAAUGGGACUGGGGUGGUAUGUGGAUUGGGGCCAAGGACCCACACCCUUAGGCUCCAAGGGAAGGAGACCCCUGGAUCCUCGGGCUCUGUUGGCUGAGGCCUCUUCUGCCCGUCCAUGGGUCUGCCCGUUUUAGGGGCCAGGGUCUUUCCCAGGUACUCCCCUUAUGUUCACCAUUCCCUUCAAGCAAGCGGGAAAGUGAAUUCCUGCCCUUGUGGGUCUCCUAGACCAAGGCUUGGAGACACCCAUCUGAGGAGAGUACCAGUUCUGUGCUUUGAGAGUACACAGGAGGUCAAGACUUUGCACCCAGGGCCACCUCUAGUAGGACCCCUGACCUUCAGCAGAAUUUUGAGGCGAGUCUUGCUUCAGGGGCUCUGAAGCCUGAGGGAGGCUGAGGCCCUGCACUCUGAGAGCCAAGUGGAGGGGUGAAAACCUGGGGCCUUCCCUGGCACCAGGCACAGAGGCUGAGGUUCUUGUUGUUUAUUGGCUUACCAGGCCACAAAAGCAGAAUCCAGCAGCGGUCCCUGCCUGAUGAGCCAUCUAUCUGCAGGCCCUGAACAGCUGCCCGGAGUCAGGACUCCACAGGGUCAGUGGGUUCGAGCUGGCACCUAACUGGGCCACUUUCGGCUGUCAGAGCUGGAUUCCCUAGGGAGAGAGGUGGAAGAAAAGGGUGGGAGGAAAUGAGCCAUCCCAUGUGCCCAAGGAGCGAGGAGUCCUUCCCAGGGAGGUGAUGGAGCCAGCAGUCAGGCUCAGGGGCCCGCUUCCAAGUGUACUGUUCUGUUAUCCCAGGAUGCCUGAAAGAGGACUUGCUGCAGGGGAAGCUUCCCUUUCCCCAGCUGCUAAGCCUGUUUCCAACUACUAUUCCAGGCAAAGGACUUGAGAGCUAAACCCCCUGCAUGAGAAAGGCAGGUAGUGCCAGUGAGUCCUGGGCAUGGAAGGGCAUAAGUACCCUGACUUAGGAGCAAUCUACCUGGUACACAGGCUCUCAAGGUUAGUUUCUUCCGCCUUCCAUCCUUUCCCCUUUUUCCUGCCUGGAACAACAGUCUCCCAGGCAUCAUCUCUUGGAAGGAUGGAUUUCCUCUUGGGUUAGGCCAGGGACUUCAUAAGGAAAGAGGUGGAUGGGCCUGGGCUGGGGCCCCUGCGCUCUGGGUACCUACCUGCUUCCUUGAGAUCCAGUCUGGAAGAAGAGGCUGUGCAUGUCAGGGCCCAGGCUGGUGGGGGUGCACUGCUCUAGCGCGUAGUGGCUGCCCUGCUUCCGGCGGACUGUCUUCUUGUCCAGCUGUGGGCAGAGCGGGAUGCAAGGCACCUGGGCAUAGGGGCUUUGCAGGUUGGCAGCUGGCAAAGGUGGAAGAGGCAGGAGAGGGGAAUGUUUCAGAGCACGCCCAGCCCUGGGAGGCAGGCAGACCCAUGUGAAAUCCCAGCUUUGCCACAUAAGAGCUGGGUGGGUUUGGGCAAAUCGCUUAACCUCUCUGAGCUUCUCCAUAAGCUGGAGAUGAUAGUGGUGGCCACCUCAGAGCUGCUGAUGAGGACUAAAGGGAUGAUAUAUGCAAAGCACUCAGCUGAGCGCUGAGCACAGUGGAAGAGCUAAUACCAGCUUAAAAAGGAGCACGUCUUUGGGAUGAGCCCUGGCAACGUCUGAUAAGCACAUUCUAAAGACUCUAGAAAGCUCCUAGGCCAUCACUUGGCACACAGUAGGAGUCUACUAUUAUCGGGAGGUAACCUUGCCCAGUGAAAAGAGCACAGUUUUGGAGUCAGGCCUGGGUAUAAACUCCCCUUUCUGACACAUGCUAGCUGUGGGGCCUUAGGCAAGUUGCUUAGACUUCAGUUUUGUCAUCAUGAAUACGUGGGGUAAAUAUGUGAUUAUGAGGUUUAAAUUCUAGCACAUUGGGCUUAGCUCAGUGAGUGACCCCAGAGGGUGCUCAAUAAGUGAUGAGCUGGGAUGGCUAAGCAUGUCUCACUCCAGGCUCUUGGGAGCAACCGGUGCUCAGGGCUAAGGCUCAGGAGAAGGAGCGCGAAGGGCUGGAGAUGGCGGUGAUUAUCAGCUGUGCGAUGGUGCACAGUUAAGCUCAAAGUGGGAAACCACGUCUCAGCUCCUGGGCCCGGCCGUGUGGGUGUCCAGGGCCCUCACCAUAGUUCUCCUGCUUCAGCCGGCUCAGGAUCCUGAGGACUCUUCGUUCUGGGACUUCCAAGGCGUCUGCCUGCUGGGGGUUGUAGGGGAGCUUCUUCUGGGACCGCAGCCGGCCAAUGGCAGAUUCCAUCUCUCGGGCCUUACAGGUGCCUUCCUUCAGCUUCUUCUGGUAAUAGCUGAGGAGGCAGUGCCACCCAGCUCAGCCCAGCCCAGCCGUGUUUAACCCACCCUCCUCCUCCCUCACUCUUCCUGAACCCCUGUUCUGUCCGGCCAGUCCUGGAGCAAGAUUUUAGUCCCAGCUCUAUCAUUAACUUCCUGUGACCGUGGGCAAGUCACUGACCUGCUCUGGCCUCGGUCACCCCUAUGUACAGUGGAGGGAAAUGGUUAUCUCUACUGGUCACUGGAAGUCACUUGACUUCUCUAAGCAGAUCAAACAGUCAACAUUUUUAUAGGGUUAAAAACAAAGAUUAAAUAACAAGACCUGUUAAGCAUUCAGCAAGUUGACCCAAGGAAGGAGCUUGGUAAAUGUUACCCAUGACUUCUACCACUGAUAUUUUUACCUAGAUGUGCAAGUGCUUUGUAAGCCAGCUGUGCAGUUAACUUCUGCUCAUCUUCCAGAUUUCAGCUUAUGGGCCACCUAUUCCAGAAAGUCCUCUCUCCUCCAACAGAGUAGCUAGGGUCCCACUGUAGGCCCCCUGACAACCUGUACUUACACCAUCAUAGCCCACUUAAUAUUCUUAAUUCAUCACUACUUGCUUUUUCCCCACCUGACUGCAGCACCACGCAUGCAUUCAUUCAUUCAGAUACGUAUUGAGUGUUUACUGUGUGCUGGCCACUCAUCUAAAUGCUUGGGAAAGAGCAGUGCAGGAGAUAUUCAUUUAAGGUCCUUCUCUUGUCUCUCAGCCCCACCUCUUACUCCAGCACUGUCACAGCAACUGCUUCUACAUGGGCCUCGACAAGCUUUGCACAGGGACAACCUGACACGAUGUCACCCCAGGUCGUACCUGCUUCUUGCUCUAGAGCCUCUCUGCCAGAAGUGCGGGGGAAUUAAACACCUGUGGGGGGCGCCCUUGCUAAAGGAACCAGCAGCUAAGGUAUACAGGCUUCUCUCUCCUCCCCUGACAGCUCUGAGCCACCAUUCAUAGUCUCCUCAGGAGACCCUGGGGGUGGUGGACUCGAUAACACAUCCUCGUAUUGGCUCCUCCUUUUGUGUUCACGUCCCUUCCCACACUUCUGCUCCCUGGUAUCACUUUCUGAAUCAGCUACGUAGGCCCAUAACUAGUGGGAGUAUCAGACCAUGAACAAAUAAAUUAUGGUACCAUGUGAGUAGUGAUGGGUGUUCUGAAAGUAAAAUCUGAGCAGGAGGUAGUGAAGAGCUAUUUUGUUCACAGCACUCAGUGAAAAUCUCAGAGGUGGUGGCAUCUGAGCAGAAUGAGGGGGCGGGGAGCAAGCUACGUGGAUUUUGGGAAGAAGAGAAUGGCUUCUGAAAAGGCCAGGAGGUGGGAAAGAGCUUGGUGAGCUCUAGGAACAGAGAGGGAUUAGAGCUUGAUAUGUGAGGGGGAAGGGGGUAGAAAUGGGCAGCGAGAUGGGAGGGCCAGACCACCUGAGAUUUUGUGGGCAGUGGUGAAGGGUGGGUAUGCUACUCAGAGUCAACACUGGUUCUGCUAGGGCCUCUGCCUAUCCCUGAAGCCUGGAAUUUGGGGUUUUAAUGAACGUCACACACAGAAAAUAGAAAAUGAAUACCAAAGCCCUCGCGUGGAAAUUGGAUCUAGACCCCUGUGUAAAAUUAGGACCUGAAAAGGCAACAUCCUGAGUAAAAAGAUGGGCUAGAAAAUAACUUCACCUCACAGAGGGCCAGCAGGACAUAAGCAGAAUGUAUGCAACUUUCUCGGUCACAAUUUUAAAGUAAACUGCUUGCUUUCUACUUCCUCUCCUUCCCCUUCUUGUGGGCUUGAAUUUAUAUGUGUUGCUGGUAAAUUGGCUUAGGAUUGACCUAGGGAAUGGUGGAACAACAAGUGGGAAAGUAACUGGGUGCUUGAGCAAGUUUGCCUUCCUGCCUGCUUCCAACAGACCAUCAAUA